CACACAGACACGAUGACGCCAAACCUCAUUUAUAUUAUUGCAAAUUAAAAGUUUACCUACCUUUCUGCAGAGCUACGUACCUCAUUUAACACUUUUGAAUAAAUCACCUGAGUUGUAACGGGUCAGUCUUCUAUUCGGCAUGAAAUUAAAACACCUAAAAUCAUCUUUUUAAAAUAAAUUGGCUAAAUUGUGUAUGCUAUCAGCUCUCCUCUAGUGGUGCUGGUGAACUCUGCUCUCCACGUUAGAGACGCUAACAGGACAGCAGGAGGACAUGGUGUCCAUGAUCAAGUGUUUAACACGGUAAAUAGAGAUGAAGUUUUAUUCUCACCACACACUCCAGUGAAGAGUCUGCAGACAUGGAUUUAUUCAAACAGCAGAAAGUGGAGGACUUCUAUGAAAUUGGUGAAGAGUUGGGAAGUGGGCAGUUCGCCAUCGUAAAGCAAUGCAGAGAGAAAAGCACGGGUCUGGAAUUCGCCGCCAAGUUCAUCAAGAAGCGCCAGAGUAUGGCGAGCUCUCGGGGGGUGAGGCGGGAGGAGAUCGAGCGGGAGGUGGACAUUUUGCAGCAGAUUCAGCACCCCAACAUCGUCACGCUGCACGACGUCUACGAGAACCGCACCGACGUGGUGCUCAUCCUGGAGCUGGUCUCUGGAGGUGAGCUGUUUGACUUCCUGGCACAGAAGGAGUCUCUGAGCGAGGAAGAGGCCACUCAGUUCAUCAAGCAAAUCCUCGAGGGGGUCAACUACCUCCACGCCAGGAAAAUAGCCCACUUUGAUCUCAAGCCUGAAAACAUCAUGCUGCUGGACAAGAACGUGCCGCUGCCGAGAAUCAAACUCAUCGACUUCGGUCUCGCCCACAAGAUCGAAGCCGGCGUUGAGUUCAAAAACAUCUUUGGAACACCGGAGUUUGUAGCACCGGAGAUCGUCAACUACGAGCCUCUGGGGUUAGAAGCUGACAUGUGGAGCAUCGGGGUCAUCACCUACAUCCUGCUGAGUGGAGCUUCACCGUUCCUGGGGGAGACCAAACACGACACACUGGGGAACAUUUCUGCCAUCAAUUAUGAGUUUGAUGAGGAGUUCUUCUGUCACACCAGCGAGCUGGCCAAGAAAUUCAUCAGCCAGCUGUUGGAGAAGGAUAAGAUGAAGAGAUUAACAAUCCAAGAUGCUCUUAAUCACCCAUGGAUCAAGUCCAACGAGCACAAGGAGGAGAAUAAAGCCAAGGAGCCGAAGAAACGGGAGCGGCGCCAGCUGAAGACGAAGCGCCUGAGGGAGUACACCAUCAAGUCCCACUCCAGCAUGCCGCCCAACAACACCUAUGUAAACUUUGAGCGUUUCGCCCAGGUGGUGGAGGACAUAGACCAGAUGGAGAGCUCGUUCGUCAGCCUGGCAGCAGCCCACGACUCCCUGCAGGAGGACAUCGACGCCAUGGUGUCUAUAUACAACGAGAAGGAGGCCUGGUACAAGGAGGAGAGCGAGGACGUGCGCCACGAGCUCUCGCAGAUCCGCUACGAGUUCCGUAAGGUGGAGGCCUUCAAGAGGAGCCUGCAGGACGACAUGCAGGCCUUCAGCUCCGGCCUCGGCGCCGUCAGCAGCCGCUUCCAGGAGAGACAGAACCACUUCGACGCGCUGCGUCUGGAGCUGAGCGACGAGCUGAAGUGGGUGCAGGAGGUGAUGGGUUCGUUUCCUCUGGAUGGAGGAGGAGGUGGCGGGUACCCCAACUGCAGCUUCUCCACCGUCUUCAACAACGACGUGAACGAAGCCCUGAAGGAGCUGCUGAACCGCUCCUGUGGAGGAGAGCUGCUGGCCGGGAUCAACCUGGACUUUGAAUCCGGACAGCAAAGAUAAAGAAUAAGAUGCUUUACGAUUAUUAGAAAAACAUUUAAAAUCACGGUGACUGGAGCAGAUGCUAUGUCACAAUACCUUCACAAAGAAGAAGUUUAUUCAAUAACACUUCAUUUAACAGGUCCGCAAAUUUAAUGUUAAUUAGGUGAUAAUUAGCAAGUAACCUAUUUUAAAUUUCUUUUCAAUUACUGCCGAAAUGACCCCAAUAUUUACCCCAUAAUUUAUCGAAAAUCACUUUAU